CCAUCCAUCCAUCCAAACAUGGCUGCGCUCGUAGUACCUCGUCCAUGUGCACGGCUGUGAAAACGUUGCCGGCCGACGGUUGUUGUACCAGUUGUUUGCUUGCUGUCAUGAAAUGCGACUUCACCGAGAUAUCCUUGUUACAAAGAGAACUUUCUGAUACUUGAUCGUCAUGGAGUGUUUGUUGUCAAGGACACAUAUUAUAGCGGCGACAUUCUGGGGCAACACCAUUCUCGUAGGGGAAGGUGACCGAGUGUAUGCCUAUUCCCUGGAGACCUUGAACCAGGUGGGAUUCCAGACAGCAUUCACCACCAGCAAUGUGCAUGGCAUACGCAUUGUGGGCAAGUCUCUUGCGACAUGUGCUGUAUUUGGCUCUCGUUUCCUGACAGUCAUGACUGCUGAGGUGUCUUCCUCGUCAUCUGUGGUGUUCAAGGUUGUCCUGCAGCCCGUGAUGUUCGAUGAUUGGAUCUGGGAUGUGGCAUGGCUGCAACCAGAGGCGGGGCCCUUGGUCCCAGGAACCAGUUUCACGACACUGGCGCUCUGCUUUGGCCACAACCGUGUAGCCCACUGGGAUUGGCAGGCGAAGCGGGCGCUCACCGUCACUUCCUGUAGCGACUACUGCUUGCUAUACACUGCGCAAUUGGUUGGUGCUUCCUGGAAGCAACUGAUUGCUGUGGUGGGCACGGUGUACCGGGAAGUGCUUCUCUGGGUGCCAUCUCAACCUUCGCCUGCACCUGUUCUUCACAGACUAACUGGUCACCAAGGUGUGAUCUUCUCGGUGAGCUUCCAUGUACCGCAACGGCUACUUUGCUCCACGUCUGACGACCGGUCACUGCGUGUCUACCGGUUCCACGAGGCUGGUGGGUCGAGCAGCACCUUACCAGAACGGGUGGGCACCAGCAGUGUCAACACAAACUUGGGCACCGGUUCCCUGCUGCCCUUUGGGCCUGCCCAGCUGGCCAGUGGGUGGUUCAGCUCGGUGCAUUCACUGUACGGCCACGAGUCACGUGUGUGGCGUGCUGCCAUCUUGCGGAGCUGCUAUCUCAGCGUUGGCGAGGAUGGCCACAUCUGCUUCUGGGGCUGCCCAGGAAACCUCAUCAGUCGAAUGACGGCACCAGGGGGUGGCAGCAUUUGGUGUCUUGCUGUCAAUGAAGAUGAGACGCUUGCGGUAACGGGGAGCAGUGGAUCGGCACUGAGCCUGUGGCACAUCCCAGAGGUAGUGACUCUGUCAAGCAAGACCACUUGGAUUGAGGCAUUCAAGGAUGGUGGAGAUUUCCCACGUAAUCUUGCCAUCCUCAACACAUGUGGAACCAUGUCCCUCGUUGUGUCUACCAAUGAAGGGCGGCUACUUCGAUGGUCCCUUGGUGGACCUGCAGGUGGCAAGCGGGAAGAACUGUUCCGGCGGGACUAUCUUGCCUCGUACAGUGUGCUAGCUGUCUCUCCAAGCCGUAGUUACCUUGCCCUUGGAGGAAUACGUGGACAUGUGGCUGUCAUUCGAUGUGGACCUGGUCCGGCUGUGACGCUGUGCUCUGAGUGGCAGUUGCAUGAGGGCCGAGUACACAGCAUUCGUUGGGUCUCUGACGAUCCACCUGCCUACCUCAGUAGUGGGCCAAAUGGAGUCAUGGUUUUAUCACGAGUUCCUGAAGAGGUCUCCGGGGAGGACCCUGAAAGUGUAGACCUGUAUGCCACAUGUGCGCUUCCACGUGGGAGGCAGCGCUGGGCAACGGCAGCCCUCUUUUGCUCCAACUUGGAGACCCUGUUCGUUGGAGACCGCUGUGGAUCCAUCCAUGGCUUCUACGUCGAUGAGGACGAGGACCUCAUAGAGCCAUUUCGGACGUAUGCGGGCAUCCAUGGCAACAAUGGUGUCACAGAUAUACAGCAGCAGAGUGAGACACUGGUGACUGCUGGACGAGAUGGGCGAGUGCUGCUCUACUCUCUUAAAGAUCGGGAACUACGUUACUUGCGUGUCUUCUGGAGCUCGACGACGCUUGAAUGGAUCGGCCACAUGAUACUCCAGAGCAAUGGCCUCCUGCUGUGUGGAUAUCACAUGAGUGACUUCGUGCUGUGGAGUACAUGGCAGCAGCGGGCGGUGUUUCAGCUAAACUGUGGUGGCGGUCACCGGUCAUGGGACUUUGCAAUGAGUUCCCAUGAAGGCCUCUUUGCUUGCCUGAAGACUGGCCGCAUCAUGGUGCAACGCUGUGGACUCAAGGAGAUGUUACAUCGGUCGUGUAUACGGGCACCUCUGCACAGGAAAAAGAUAUCAGCCAUCUGCCUUCUUUUUACAGAAGAGAAUGCUUCUGGGGUUUCCCAGAGCUAUAUUGCGACAGCUGGCGAAGACAGUGUGAUCACGAUAUCACAACUCUAUCAGGAGCACACACAUUUAGUGCAGCGUGUGGCGUGCCGCUUGUAUGGCCACAUCUCAUCAGUCAAGGCACUGGCUUGCUGUCGACCUUCAAACUUACCCGGCCGUGAGGAGAGGCUGCUCGCCUCUGUGGGAGGUCGUGCUCAGCUGUGCCUCUGGCGUAUCAAUGCCUCCCGACAGUGUAGCAUGAUGAGCGAAGAGCUGCAUGACCACCGUUUGUGGUCCCUGGACCGACAGCAGCGAAAUGCCCAUCGCUUUCCAUCUGUAGACCCCCUUGCACGAUACUUGGAUGUCUGUGUCUGGGAGCAUGGGACCGCCGAUUUCCGCAUUGCCACAGCUGCUUCUGAUGCCCUAAUACGACUAUUUCGGUACCAGUGGGCAGGGCCUCUUGACAUCCUGAUCGUUAUUCCAGCAGGCCAGCACUGCUUAUUUCGGGUUCUGCGCACUCCAUUUCCACAGCCAUCAAAUCAGCAGCUCACGCCACUCCAGCAUCAACAGCUACAACAGUCGUCCGUGCUAUUGUCUUCUGGCAACGAUGGUCUCCUUCGUUUCUGGAAGUUGGAGAGCUCGAAAUGUGACCUGAUUGCUGUCUUCCGCCGGCACCAGUCUGGCAUAAAUGCUCUUGAUGUGUAUGCAUUGCCAGACAGAAUGCUGCUCGUGGUGACAGGUGGUGACGACAAUGCAUUGGUUCUGACUAACUACCUCAUUACCGAGGACAACUCAGUGGUUGUCUUGGAAGAACAGAUCUUGAACAGUGCACACUCCACACAGAUCAGUGGCACAAAGUUGUUGGCAUCACGAGGGAACUGGCUUGUGUCAACUGGUGUUGAUCAGCGGCUUCGUCUCUGGCAACGGGUUGCUGGUUCCUUGCAGGAGCACUGCAGUCGCUUCUCCUGUAUUCCUGAUAUUGCUGCCUUCACGUGCUGGAGGAAAAGCAAUGAAGAUGUGGUCAUGGUGGUGGGAGGUGAGGGUUUGGACGUGACCCUGUAUGCCGCUAAAGCCGAGGAGACCAUGAUCAGCCAGACGGGUUAUUACCUGGCCUAGCACUGAACCUGUUUACCUUUUUAAGUGUACAGAUACAAAAUAAAUCAUGUGCCAUGCA